AUGUUAAGCAAAUUAACAAGAAUUUCUCGUUUUAGACCCUUUUUUGCAUUUUGCAAUUAGAAGCCUCCCUAAGGCUUUGAAAAAUUUCAGAGAAAAUCUAGACAAUAGCAAGCGCCUAAAGAAUAGAAAAUAGAAAAUCCAUAGGAAGAAAAAAUGGAAGAGUAGACUCAAGAAAAUUAGUAAACAAAAAAAUAAGAAGAGAAGAUUCGAAGGGAAAGACCUGAAGAGCCUCAAUUCGAACAACCAAAAUAAGAAUAGCAAUAAAAAAAAAAUGAGCGAUUUUAAUAGGAAUCAUUCUAAUUUACUAAGCGAGACAACACAAACAAUUUUGGAUAGAAACCAAAACCCACUGGACCAGUAUAAGAUCCUAAUGAUCCGUUCAAGCAAUAUUUGUUUAUGUUUUUGGCCUCUGCACCUCUUGCUUACUUGUUGUAUAAAGUCUAUGAAGAAGGAGAAAACCAUAUAUCGUUUAAUGAGUUUCAAAGGGAUUAUUUGGAAAAACAAAUAGUGAAUUCGAUACAGGUUUAAAAAUUAGAUGGGGAAACCAUCGCCAUAAUAUACACAAUAGAAGGAAGGAAGAAGUUGAAAAUUACAGAUUUGGACUUCUUCUUGCAAAGGAUUGAUGAUUUGAGAAAUGAAAAGCAUUAUGAAUAAUCCAUACCCAUUUCCUUUUAGAAUUAAGAUGAAACUCAAGAAACUACAGCAAAUAUGGGUAGAUAUGCGUAAUUAUUAUUUUACGGUGGAUUGAUCUUCAUAAUAUUCCAAAUUUAUAAGAAAGUGUCAAAGAGCCUUUCAGGAAUGGCUGGUGAUAUGAUGGGUGGUAUGACUAAAAUGAAAUCAAAAUAAUUUGAAUAGAAAAUCAAAAUAAAAUUCAAGGAUGUUGCAGGCUAAGAGGAAGCCAAGGGAGAAAUAAGAGAAUUUGUAGAUUUCUUAAAAGCCCCAAAGAAAUACAAGAAAUUAGGAGCUAGAAUUCCAAGAGGAGCUCUAUUAACAGGUCCUCCUGGAACUGGAAAAACCUUAUUAGCCAAAGCUUGUGCAGGUGAAGCAGGAGUACCUUUCUUCUAUGUGAGUGGAUCAGAAUUUGUUGAAAUGUAUGUUGGUUUGGGAGCAGCAAGAGUGCGUGAACUCUUCAAGCAAGCUAAAUCUAAAGCUCCAAGUAUUGUGUUUAUUGACGAAAUUGAUGCUGUUGGAAAGAAGAGGAAUUCAAAGGGAUCUAAGAAUGAGGAGAGGGAUAAUACAUUAAAUUAACUAUUAGUAGAAAUGGAUGGUUUUGGAACAGAUAGCACUGUGGUUGUAUUGGCAGCCACCAAUAUGAGAGACUCUUUAGAUCCAGCAUUGACUAGACCUGGUAGAUUCGAUAGAAGUAUUGAAAUCACAUUGCCUGAUAUCAAUGGAAGAAAGGAGAUAUUUUUAGUGCAUCUUAAACCAAUUAAAUUAGACCCCUCUAAAACCAUAGAAGAAUAUGCAAAAAGAUUAGCAACAUUGACUCCUGGGUUUUCAGGAGCAGAAAUAGCAAAUCUUUGCAAUGAAGCUGCCAUAUUAGCUGCCAGGUAGAAUAGUACAUAUGUUACAUCAUAUCACUUUGAACAAGCAUCUGAAAGAGUAAUGGCUGGAUUAGAAAAGAAGAAAUUCAUGAGUGAGGAAGAAAGAAAAGUGGUUGCUUUUCAUGAGAGUGGUCAUGCUGUGGUGAGUUGGUUUUUAGCAGGGGGAGAUCCUUUAUUAAAACUUACAAUUAUUCCAAGAUCUAAGGGAUCUUUAGGUUAUGCAUAGUAUCUACCUAAUGAGAGCAAUCUCCAAACUAUGGAAGAGUUGUAGGACAAGAUUUGUUGUGUUUUGGGUGGCAGAGUUUCUGAGAAGUAUUUCUUUUAAUCCAUCACUACUGGUGCCAGUGAUGAUCUCAAAAGGGCUUAUGACUAUGCUAAUGCCAUUAUUACUAAGUUUGGAAUGAAUGAAACCGUUGGAUAAAUCGGAUAUUAAGAGGAUCAAUAUUCUAAGGAUUUCAGUGAUAAAACUAAUGAAAUAAUAGAUGAGGAAAUGUUAAAGCUUAUAAAGCAAUGUACUUAAAGAACUGAAGAAUUAGUGAAAAAGUAUGAAGAUAAAAUUAAGGCUCUUGCUGAAUUACUCUUAGAAAAGGAAUCAUUAGACUUAUAAUAAAUAAUAAAUUUGUUGGGGGAAAGACCUUUUCCACCAAAAUCGAAUUAUAAGGCAUAUUUGGAUUUAAAGAAAGUUGAAUAAGCUGAGAUCAAAGUUGAAGAGGCUAAAGAGAAAGAUUAAAGUACCGAGGACAAUCAAAGUUAAUCAUCUGACAAUCAAACUAAAAGUAAUGAGUAAGAAAAGCCAUUAAAUCAAAAGGAGUGA